GGAAUAAGCCAUGGUAUUCGUGGUCCUAAGACUUGGUUCUACAUGCUUCCCGAUUCGAUUCGCAUUGCGGGACUCUGCGUCGCAUUGACGAUCAAACAUGCUCAGGAUGACGUGGUGAUUAUCGACAGCUUCGAUAGCUUACCGUUUGAAGACCCACAGGUGAGUGCUGUAGCUGUUGUUUGUCAGCUUCAGUUUAUUGUUCGCUGUUUUUAAAA